AUGACUAGAGCAGCAGAUCCAUAUUACAACCGGAAACCAGUCCCUGAUGAGCUUAUCAAGGACGUCGGUCCCACCGGCCUGACUCCAGAAGAAGAAUUCUGGAGUCGCGAGAAGAAGUUUACUGCCAACGGACCAGAUGUUCGACGUUUCAGCAACAGCCUGCAUGGUGGGCUGGAACCUCUUGCCGAUCCAUAUUACGGUCGCAGGCGGGUCUCCCAGGCAGAGAUUGCGGACGUAGGAGCAACAGGGCUCACACCGGAAGAGGAAUACUGGAACCGCGAACGCAAGUAUAGUGUCGGAGGCCACGACGUCAGGAAGUUCAGUAAAGGCACCAAAAGUAGCCUUGAACCCUCGACCGACCCUUAUUACAGUCGCAAGCGAGUCUCGGCCGCCGAGACCAAGAAUGUCGCUCCUCUCGACGACCAUAUGACCCCUGCCGAACAGUACGAAGUCCGCGAGCGCAAACAGUCCCUGUUCCAACUCUCCUCCGACCCCUUCGACAAUCUCGCCAAUCGUCACCGCCAAUCCGUGUCCGGCGCUGUAACCGGUGCUUCCGCCGCUGCAACCCGUCGGCGAAGCUCUGCUGUUGCUCCUGACGCCAUUGCCGCCACAGCUGCAGCGGGCCAAUCCCACAGUGGCUACGACGGCGGCCAUAAGCUGGAGACCAUCGUCAGUAAGGCCGACCCGCCCACAACAAGCAGUCAUGGUGAGAGCAGUCUGAGUGGGCAGAUGUCAGAUGAUACCUUGAACAGAGAUUCGAUUGAUCCGGUAGGCGGAAGAAGUGGGGAGCACACCAGGAUUUAUGAUGCCGUGACGACGGGCCACCAUCAUGAUCCGGACCUUGUCGCACCUCACGAGGUGCGGUGA